AAUAGGCCCUUGAAAUAGACGAAUUUGAGAGACGAUAUUGUUAAAUGAAACAGUCAUCCACAGGAACCUUGAGUAAUAAUCCCUUAUCUGAAAGGGAACUUUCUAAGAGGAAACUUGGAUAAGAAUUUACUCAUGAAAGUUUCCAGAAAUUUUGAAAAUUUGGAGAACGGUCAGCAACUUCCACAUUGCUACUACAAUGCAACACCUCAUCGACAAGGAUUUUACCGGAUCCCUUUGUUUGGCAUAAUUAUUGAAAGUCAUAAUGUAAUGAUAGUCAUAUUAUCAUUAGUCAUAACUCUGAAACCGUUAACUUUUCAGAAAUAUCCUUAGGUUAUCCUAUAGGUUAGGUUAGGUUUGUUUCAUGGCAACCUGAAAAGGUACGGAUUUCUGAGAAAAUGCAAAUUAUGGCUAACGAAAAUGCGGACAAACAAUGCAUUAUGACUAGACGUAGAGAUUUUCCUAGCACGAACAAGGCAACGCAACAGACUUCCUUCCGAUAUUUAGUUUAUCGAUAUAUUGUAUUAUCGAUUUCUUAUAACUGUCAUAAUGUCUUAAACAAAUGUGGCAUGUUUGGAAAUAAAUGAACAAGAAUUACGAAACUAUCAAUUUAUUAUUACUUUACCUACAUACCUCAUAUUUAAAUGAAAAUCUAUGACACACAAAUAUACCAAGAUUGCCCUCCAAAUAGAUAUCGCACAAUAAAACCACCAUCCAGGUCCUUUUACAUGAUUCUAGAAGAAAUCUAUCAUUUUUUUAACAUAUUUUCGGACGUCAAAGUGCUUUGAGUCUUUGAAAAAAUCCACUUUUAUUGACUAAAAGAUUUUUCAACUUCCACUGCUGUAAUGGGAGCAUACCGGAUGUCAUACGAAUAAAUAAAUAAAUAAGCGGGAAUAUGAACAAUGAUUAAGGUGAAGGGUUACUUAUCGAUAACAGGAUUGUCGAUGUUUUUUAUUUUAUCAAGCACUAACAACAUAACGUUCGUGCUAGGAAAAUCUCUAGGUAUAAUUAUGACUUAAAACUUCAUGGGAGAAAAUAGAGACCGGUAUUUCACAGCAAGUCACCAGUCCAAGUCCGUGCCACCAAUAACAGAGUUUCGCGUUACAUUACAGUCGCCAAUGUUGACGUAGACAUGUUGGUUGCGCUGGCGCUGGCGUUGCUCAGCGCUGUGUCCGCUUUCGACCCAUCGCUGUCGUUUCACUACGUGAAGUACCCUCGAGUUUUUCGUCGGAAUGAGGUUGCUUGCCAAGUCUGCUAUGGGGAGUUUGACUGUCUUAGCAUGGACCGGUGCGGCUACAGUGCAGCAGUUACUGACGUCUUGGAAGAAGUAGAUGGAAUGAAAAUCGUGAACGAUGGAUUGAAAACAAAAAUGGAUUCAAUGAUGUAUGAUUUGUUGUUGGAAGAUUCGUUAAAAGAAUACAAUAAGUGUAUUCCUCUCAUCUCAUCGUAUACAACUUGCAAUAAAGAGAAUAUUUGCCUAGGCUGCAAAUCGUGUGACUGUGACGAAUCAGGACACUGGAACUGUAGUGAAACCUCGAAGUGCAGCAACUUACAUUUGGACAUCGACCAUCGAAUAAUCACAUCGGUUGUUGAGAGCUUAAACGAUGUUAAACCAUCAAGAUACAAGAGAUCUUAUGAAGGCUCAGAAGAAUCGUCGACACGUAGCAUGUUCGAUGACCUCAUAGAUUGGAUGGGCGUCUCCAAACCAAAUGAUGUUAAAGUCAUUAACGGUAUUACUCCAAGGUCUACAACUAUUGUGACAGCUACAGCUUCAACCAAAAAUCAUACAACUGAUGACAUGAAUACCUUAGUGUUUGAUGAUAUACUAAGUAAUGACAAUUUAGAAGACUUUAUAAAGUAUUCGGGAAACGAUAUGAAUUAUGGCAGAAAAUACGAAAACAAUGAUUCGAAUCAGUUUUUAAAAAUGCUUAGGAAUAUUGAAGAAGGCAGAGAUGAUAAAUCGCCAGUAGAUAACCCUCGCCUAAAUAUAAAAUUACUUAAAGAUCUAAAAAAAUAUAUCAGAGAAAAGUCUUAUGUCAAUGAACCUUCAAAUGAUCAACCGAAUAGUAUUAAUGCUAUUUUAACCGAUAUUGAUGAUAUUGAUCCCGACAAACAGCCAUCUGAUAUUAAUUCUGUCGCUGUAGUAUUAAAAAGAAAUGUAAGAGACGUUAAUGAGACUUCAAUAGGAAAUCGAACAAAAACAAUAGAAAACCAAAAAACAAAAACAAGAAACGCGACACCAAGUUUUGACAUCAGGAAAAUAAACGUAACGUAUUCAGAAAAGGAAAUACAACACAUUAUAGAUGUUGUAACCGUAUUAAUUGGUAAUGAACGAAAAGAGAUUAAUCAUUUAAAUUACGUGAGAGAGAAUCUCCUAAAAUUACUCAAGAAAUAUCAAACGAAUUCAAGCGUUCCUGAUAUCAUACACAAGCAAAAUUCUGACGACAAUGCUAAUAAAAAUGGAAACUGGAGAGUUGAUAUGCUAAAUUUCUAUAUGAGUAAUUUGAAAAGGGAUGUGAAAGAUACAUUAAGAGAUAUUUACGCAAUUAUAAAACUUAAAAAACUAGGGGUAAAUUCUGUUGCAGAAAGGGUCUCAAAUCUUAAGCCUUUAUUAUUUGCGUUAACAUCUUAUUAUAUGAAAAACUUUAGAGAUUAUCGACAAACUGAACAUGCAAAAAAUUAUAGCAAUAUAGAUAACAGAUUUAUAAUAAAUAAUACACCAUCGAUAGAUAUUUCUUCAAUACACAAAAUGUAUGAUUCUGAACCAAAACCUCAACGAAGAGUAUUCCAGCCAAGUACUAGUAAUGUUUACCAAAUAAAGCUUAUAAAGCGAGCACUCACAAGAAUGCUGGUAAUGAUAGAUAACGACAGGCUAUCCACAAAUGCUUUAAGUCCUCUAUCAUCUAAAAUUAAGGAUAUUUUGAAGAGACUUGUCAAUAAGCAAUACGUAAAAGGUUUUGCUGAUACUCAUCCAUCAAUAAGAGAUCCAAAUUUUAAUUUAACCAAAUUGUUAACAUCCCUUGUAGAAGAAUGGCAAAACAUGUCAGUUGACAUGCAUACACUCAAUCCAUCAGAUCACCUAUAUCACAUGAAAUUAUUGCAUUUAUCUCUUUCGCAAGGAAUAGACAAAAUAAAAGAUGCUUUAGUUUGUAUCCAAUUUGGGUAUAGUCGACGAAUGAGCUUUAUUGAAGAGUACGUUGGCAAGAAUUUAAUUGCAGACAUUUCGAAGUAUUUAACCAGCAUCGAUCAACGUAUACAAAAUUUCGCUAUUAAUACAAUCGUAACAAAAGCAUUAGUACCUAAGCGAAGAGAUGAGCAAACAGGAUCCCUAUGGCAUCAUAUCAAAAACGCAUUUUCAAAUUCAAAACACGAUUUUCUAAAAUAUGUUCAAGGUAAAAUGAAGCCAAAGUCAUAUAUAGUAAAUGAUAAAGUGAGAAAAAGGGCUGAAGAAGUGAAUAAGCAAAAAUUCUUAGAAGUCAUGAAAAAAUGGCAACACAAUUUUGAUGCCUAUCGUGUCAGAAAUAAGAGAUCUAUAAAGCAGUACACAAAACGAUUAAAGAACAUUAUACCAAAGUACUUAAGAGGUAUUAAAGCAAAUAAGGCCUUAAAUGCUAAAUUUAAUGAGAAUAAACGAAUACAGGUGCGAAACAAAGGUCCAGUCAUCUAUCAGACAACAACACACCGACAAUAUCGUAAAUAUUACACACUGCCACCUGCUAAACACCAUGGCAGUGGCAUGCAUAUUCAACGCCACCCCACAGGUACCACGCGUCCCCAUCUAAAAGUAAGGACAACUAAUCGUCCUGGUACGACCCGAAAAGGGCAGAAGAAAGUUGGUAAAACUUUUAUCCAACAACAUCCUACUCUGCGACCUCAGAAAGGAAACCCCAAAAAAGGCGUUAGAACUCAACACGUUUAACACUGACCUAGACUUGAACAAUUGAAGCCAAUCCCUUCC